AUCUUGAGAACUUUGAAACGAAAACAAGAAGCACAGUGUCAGUCAGAGAAGGACAAGGAGUGGUUCUGCUCUGUGGUCCUCCACCACACCACGGAGGCUUGUCCUACACGUGGGUCUUCAACAAUAACACCUUUGUGGAGGGAGAUGGUCGGCGCUUUGUUUCCCAAGCAACAGGCAACCUGUACAUUGCCAAAGUGGAGCCUUCAGACGUGGGCAACUACACCUGUGUGGUCACCAACACCCAAGCAGAGCAAAGGGUCCAAGGGCCACCCACUCCUCUCACUCUCCGCAGAGAUGGUGUGAUGGGGGAGUAUGAACCAAAGAUUGAAGUACGUUUUCCAGAAACAACAUAUGCAGCGAAGGGCUCGUCUGUUCAGCUGGAAUGCUUUGCCCUUGGAAAUAUUAGCUGGAAGAGGUCUGAUGGAAACUCCUUGACAAAGAAAACUGAGCAGAACAAAACCAAAGGAGUUCUUGAAAUCCCGGAUGUUCAGCAAGAGGAUGAAGGGUCUUAUGAGUGCAUUGCAGGAAACAUCCGAGGGAGAAACACUGCAAGAGGUCAAUUAUUUGUCUAUGCACUCCCUGAGUGGGAAAAAAAAAUCCAAAAUGCCUUUCUGUCUCUCUAUGACAGUUUAGUUUGGGAAUGUAAGGCAAAAGGAAAACCAAGCCCUUCCUACAGAUGGUUAAAAAAUGGCCAGCCUCUCACUCCAGAGGGAAGAAUCCAAAUAGAAAACGGAACCCUUAUCAUACCUGCUCUGAAUAUGUCAGAUUCUGGCCUCUAUCAGUGUGUGGCAGAAAACAAAUACGAGGCAAUUUAUGCCAACGCUGAGCUGCGGGUGCUAG